GGUUGACGGCUGAGCACUGGACAGUUGUAGCUGGCGACAGAUGUGCAGUGGUAGUUACUUUACUAGAGGUAGUUGUUUUGGGUAGUUCUUUUACUAGUUGUUUUACUUUUGUAGACUUUUGUUGAGUUUUACGCUGAUUUUGGCCCACGGGCCAUUGAUGAUGGUCACAGCGGCCACUGCUGAUCCGUGAAACAGCGUACAGCGUUGACCAGUUCAGCUGGUAUUGUCUCAUGGUGUCUCUUGCCUGAAACCGAUGACGUCGUCGGCUCUCCUCGCGGCCUGGCUAGCAGUCACCCUUGUGUCCGUCGUACGCUCGCAGCUACUACUAGGGGAUGGCCGUCUGGAUUUUCUGGACCGGACCGCCACAUGGAGAGAAGCUCACGAGCAGUGUCGACUUCGACACUCCUUCUUGGUGCCAUCACAAGCUGCAUUCGACAGCUUGGUGGGCCUCAGCUCAGCCGGUCGUCUGAAUCCACCAAGUGACUUUUGGAUCGGUGCCAAGUACCUACGAAACGGCUACUUUGAAUGGCUUCUCCAGGAUGGUGAUUACAGCUCUAUUUCACCUGGAGACGUCGCCCUCACUGCCUCCGCUGAAGUCACAGAUCUAUGCGCUCGAGCAACGACGAUAGACAGCGAACUGAGCAUGGCCUGGACUUCUUGCAACGCCACCCUAGGAGUGGUGUGCUUCCGUAACGAGCACACUGACGCGGAGCAACAACAAGCCAACUACAAACCGUCUUUCACAGCUCAGAUCGGUGCUGCGACCGUCCGACCGUCUCCUGCCCAUGACGAGGUCGUCUUUGUGGAUCAAACCUCUCUGGAGACUGGUAUCCACAUAAACAUCACCUGCGGUCCGGGCGACACCAUCGUCAAAGAUCACUUCGUGCUCGGAAGAACGCGCUACAUAUCGAGUUGGUGGAAUGCAAACUUCACCAUUUUUCAACAGUUCGCGCCUCGUUCAGGAAACGUUCUGAGCGUUGGCACUUUCUGGUGUCGAAGGUAUGUGACUGGAGCAGCGGAUCCUGUGAUAAGUGGACGCCUUCACGUGGCGAGCUCUGGAGAUAUGUACGUGCUGACGACGACGCCAGACGGGAUCCUGGAGACACUUCAGCUGCUGGAGUUGAGCUCAGGUGGCCCGGCACUGGGAGAAACGUCGACGUCAAAUGGAACGAUGAAAACUUUGGGGGACCUUUUGAAUUCAGUUGCGGACAGAUUUCGAUUCGUUGCAGCGUUUGACUACCCAGGCAAUCUCGUCAGGCAUCAGGAAUACGGAAGGAAAACACCAAGACCUGUUCUUCGCAAAGUGUCACUCAUCAUCGACAUUGGUGCACCCCUUGAUGCUGCACAUUUCCAGGAAAGCAUUGCUUUCAAUGAUGCGACCGCUCGACAGAAUGGAACCUCGUCCCGCAACGACCACUCACUUCGUGAGGUUUUCCGUUGUCCCAUCGUGGACGUGGAAGGACACAUGUGGCAGACGUCGAACAGCUCGAGUUUCACUCCAUCGUAUCCACCAUGUGUAACAAAUCGUCUCAUGGCUGUCGUUGAACGGCGAUGUAUGCCGAGUUUUGGGCCCAGCGGUGCCCAGUGGGGUCCCUUCUGCGCUGCUGGCGUUUGCCAAUCGAGGCUUCAUCGGUGCGAACCGCCUCCACCUGCAUGCCCACCCGGAUUUGUACUCCUACCGGCCAACAACACAAAGACUUUGUCGGGACUGUGCGUGAGGGUAAUUCCAAAUGUCAGCUUUGAAGAGCGUACUUCCGCGUGUCACCAUCGGCAUCCGUUUUCCAUACCUUGGAUUCCACAGGAAAGGGUGUCGUGGCUCAGUUCCACAAUCUGGCUUCCUUUUCAAAGACUGUGGCCACAUGGAUCAUUCUUACCGGCAAUUCGAAGUCUUCUGAUUACUGAUGAUGGUCAAAGCACGGUCAACCUACAAAAUGAUCAGAAUUGCACAGUGAUGACCCAGAAAGGUCUGGUCUCCAGCUCUUCAUGUACGGCGAGACAUGGAGUGGCGUGCGUCAUAACUCCUCUGCUCUCACCGACUGGAAGGGAAGCUUCACAGGGGUCGAUAGCAAGACAGAGAAUAUGUCAGCCUGAGCAUAAGAUGGGCACAACGGGCAUCGAACGCUGUUUUGCGCUCAUAUGCCCAAGUAACAGCUCGCGUAUUUCGUGGGCAGAAGCAUCGGCUCUGUGCACCAGGUCUGGUUCAACUCUAGCCAGCUUGACCUUGCCAAGAUACCUGGAUGCAGUGCUUCGUCUGAGCGGCUUUCGAGGAAGAUCGGACCGUGUCGCGGUGCAACUGGAAAGACACGACGGUCGAGUGACAUGGCGAGACUUAAGCAGUCUGACCUACCCAGGCUUGUCCCCUUUUCUGUCUACUGAUCAGAGUCAUACGCAUGGUGUUUUAGACGUCCCACGUGGCCAGUAUGACUUCGUUACGCCUGUUGAAAAGGCCGUGGGAUGCGCCUUGUGUGAAGAACAUGCUGUUGCUGAAGCAGCGGAGAUUGUGUUAUUUUAUGAUCAUUCCUUCGACAACAAAACCAUUCUCGCGAAUGUUACGAGUGUCCAGAAUUUCGUAGAAGACUGGAAUGAUGAUCUCAUAUGCAUGGUCUCUACCUCGGACGCGACGACAGCUGAGCUGUUUCAGAACGGAAGAACUUCAUCAAAUGCACGCGAUGGAUUUCGAGUGAAAAGCUUCAAUGUUAUCUCCGAUGACGAUGGGCGAGUCUUUGUACAAAUAUUUCCUUCAGUAGAUUUUGGCUACCUCACAUGCGGACUGCUGAUCACCGAAUUGGGAGUACAGAUCACGUCCAACUCGCUUCUGUUAACCAAGCGAGAUAUAUUCGUGCAAGAAUAUGUUGUUGGAGUCCAGGAGACUGGAGGGAAUAUUUCGCAGUGCGAACUUACCCUCUGUGGCCCCAUUUGUCCCUGCUUCAACUUGACGCAUACAAGCGAGGUACUUGUAGUUCCCGAUACCGGCCAGGUUUUUCAACGAAGAGUUUACCCUCUCCGUGUAACAUCAUCCAGCAACGGAGAUGUUACAGCACACUAUUACAUCACCUUAGAAGCGGUCAUCCUGAGCCAUCCACCGUCCGGAAACGCCAGCCACUCUAGAACUUCGAACCAAAAGGAACUUGAACAGGCUCACCGAGAUCUUAAUGGAGUUGAUAUCCUUAUGCGAGACUUUAAGCCUGAGUACUUCAAGCCUGCACGCUGCUGCCCAGCAGAAAGGACCCAGCACCCCGUGCCUCUCAGCUGGCCGAAGACGUGCGGAGGGACUGUCUUCGCCAAAGAGCAGUGUGUGGAUGGCUCCGGGCGACGUCCGCUGCGGCACUGCCAGGGUACUCCUCUGACGGGCGUCCAGUGGUCGUCUGUAGACUUCGGAGCCUCCAGCUGUGCCGCCGUAUCUAGCACCUCAAGGAACCUCUACCAGCUGUCUAAGGACGCCGUGACUACAGAUAACGUGUCGGCUACAGCGGACGAGCUGCAACGGCUGACAGCCGAGCCGGCCUCCCUGGAUGCUGGAGAUGUGGUCUCGGCUGCUGACAUAUUGGAAAACAUUGCUGCCAGUGUGCAGAGGAGCAGACAGGGUGAGGAUCGGCCCAUACCACCGGAAGAUGUGCUGUCUGUACACAGGAAAGUUGUUGAAGCUGCCAGUCAGCUGAUGAAUGUGGACCAGCCAGUACUCAAGACCUCUUCACUGGUACCUGGAAAAGGUUCCCGCAUUGCCAACGCGCUUGAGGACAUUCUGGAAACUUCAGUGGAAGGCGAUUAUAAUAUAGACACGGAAAAUAUAGCAGUUUUAUCGGAGGACAUCGUUGGCAUCGCAUCAUCCUCAAACGAGAUAACGAACCUCAGUGUAAAAAAGAUAGCCCACGGCGCUGAUAUGUCUCGCUUUUCCGCAUCUGGUAUGGAGUCAUCGAUCCUGUUAGAAAACAAGAGGCCUAACAUCUCCGUUGCCUUUGUCGUCUAUCGUAAUGGUCGGCUGUUGCAGUCCCCCGGCCAACGUGUCACGAGUCAGGUAGUGUCGGCCGUGAUUCCUGGCGCAACGAGCAAGGAGCGAGCCUUGGCAAAUGUUUUGAUGACGUUUCGUAGUCUGCCAGGACAGUGUGCGCCUCCGCCAACAUGUGCCUUUUGGGAUUCUGCUGAGUCUCGUUGGUCCACAACGGGUUGCUGGCUGGUGAAGGUUCAAGACGGUAGUGACUUUUGCCGUUGCAACCAUCUGACUAACUUCGCCAGGAUCUUCAACUACGAACGGGACGAGUAUCUUAGUGCUAGCUACCACCACGCUCUAGAUAUUCUCACUUACAUCGGAAGCUGCCUUUCGCUUCUUGGACUCGUCUUUACCAUGCUGACAUUUGUGUUAUUCAAGAAAUGGAGGAAGCUGCGUAGUAGUCAGAUCGUUAUGCACAUGAGUGUUGCUCUAACAGGGGUCUACGUGACCUUUCUGGGAGGUCUGGGAGCGAAGGAACAUCACGACGCCUGCGUUUGUUUGUCGGCGCUGCUUCAUUUCUUCUUAUUAGCAACGUUCGGGUGGAUGUGCGUGGAGGCUGUGUUUCAGUAUUUGCUCUUCGUGAAAGUUGUGGGCACGUACAUUCCCAGGUUCAUGCAUAAGGCAAGCGGACUGGUCUGGGGCGGAAGUCUUGUGCCGGUUGUCUGCGUGUUGGCUAGUCGCCCUCACUGCUAUGACAGCCAAGAACGCGUCUGCUGGAUGGACUUCCAGAGUUUCCGCUACGCCUUGGUACUGCCAAUGCUCGUGUUGAUGGUGAUUAACGCCGCGCUGUAUGUCCGUAUCGUGUGCGCCCUGUACUGCGGUCGUGAGAGGAGGCUGCGCACCAACCAGCCGGAGCAGCAGCUGGCGCGGCGCCGUCUGCGCGUCUCAAUGGUCACCCCGGUGAUGCUUGGACUGGCAUGGAUCUUUGGCUUCCUGGCCGUACGGGAAGGUCGUCUGGUGUUCGCCCUCCUCUUCUGCAUUUGCAGCACGCUUCAAGGUUUUGCCGUUUUCCUUCUGAUGGUGGCUGGCGAAGGCGGAGUGUGGACUCUGUGGCACGCCCUGCUCAAGAACCCCUGCUGUCGGGCAAUCAAGAGAAGCGUCACCUCAGCGAGCGCCAUGUCUACGGGCGCCACUCCGUCCAGUGGUACCAGUGAGCCACUGAUGUCUGGCGGAGGUCAGUGCGAGACCGGGCUCUGAUGUACUUGCCGCGCCAGUGAAUCUGAUGUCAUGUAACGCUGAGCGUAGCACCGACCUUGAUGUCACGCUAAGACAUUGCGGUCUGUCUUGCCAGUUGUGGAGUGUAACGAUGGCGGAACUAGUUACGCUUUAUAUAAGUCGGAAAGACGGAUGUCUUUCCGCAUGCUUGGCUUGCCAGAAUUAUAGUGUUAUUGUGUGUGAAAUGUUGUAGUACUGGAGCAAUUAAAUCAUCAUGUCGUCACUCGUCAUUUGCUCCAUAUGUGAUGUUUUGCUGUAAAUGGCCGAAGUCACAUCAUGCUUUGCAGAUAUGACAAAGUCAAGUCAGGAAAAGGUCUUCUCCUGAUUGGCACCAGUCUUGCAAAUGUAUUUUGUUUUUGUGUAUGCAAUAAACAUGUUGAUGAUCAUCAUUAAUCAUAAUUGUGGUAAUGACAGACA